AUGGCUACCAACCUGCCUCCAUACAACCUCCCAUCAGAGCAGACACCAUCACCUAUACCCGAGGACAGGAAUUCAGAAAAAGAAGACUACAGCCCUGAGGUUUGGCACUUGAAGUUCAGAGCUUUCAGCCCCUCAGAGCAGUCAGACCCCAUCCAGGAUCUGAAGAGGAUCUCUGAGUUAUGCUAUCAGUGGCUGAGACCAGACCUGAAUAGCAAGGAGGAGAUCCUGGAUCAGCUGGUGUUGGAGCAGUUCCUGAUCUCCAUGCCUCCAGAACUGCAGGCCUUAGUGAAGGAGAGUGGAGUGAAGAGCUGCAAAGAGUUAGAGAAGAUGCUGAGGGAUGGCGGGAAACCACAACAUUGGUCCAUAAUCCACUCCCAAGGACAAUUGUACCUCCUUCAGGAUCCCAUUGUUGAGAAGGCAGAAGCCAAGGAGGAUCAAAAGGAUGCUGUGGAAUUGUCCCAGAAGCCUCUGAACAGAGACAAGCCCAACACAAUGCUGGGGAUCCCAUCCGAAACUGAAGAGCCAUGCACCAGGCAGGACCCUCAUGAUUCUGUCAGAGGAAAGGAUGUGAAGAUGCCCCAGGAAGACACAAAAGAUGCUGUCACACCGUUCACCCACGUUCUGGAAAGAAGAAAUUUAGCUGCACACACAGAUCUUCAGAGUCUCUCUGGUUCCAAUGGAGACAAGGUUCCCCCUUGUCAAGGAGGGCCCCCACUGUGUGGAAGGACAGAAAAUGGGCAGCUAGGGCUUCCUACCCUACGACCUGUGGAGCCUGUUGAUCGACUCCCCGGCCAGGCUCAGUUUGUGUGCAGUGAAUGCAAGAAGAGCUUCCUGUACAGGUCUCAGUUCAUCCUCCACCAGAGGUCACACACAGGAGAGAGACCCUUUGAGUGCAGUGUGUGCAGCAAGGGGUUUGUGCAAUCCUCAGACCUUCGGGUCCACAAGCGCAUCCACAGGGGUGAAAAGCCUUAUGUGUGCAGCAUCUGCAGCAAGAGGUUUGCCCACAAGUCCACCCUUCUGGGUCACCUUAGGAUCCACACAAAGGAGAAGCCUUAUGAGUGUGAGCACUGUGGGAAAUGCUUCAACCACAAGGGCAACCUCAAUGUCCAUCUCAGCAUCCACAGCGACUCAAGACCUCACAGAUGUAAGGAGUGUGACAAGGCCUUCAGACAGCAGGGGACUCUGAAACAACACAUGAAAAUCCAUUCAAGAAUGGCAUCCUUUUGA